AUGACAGGAAGAGUUCUGUUCAUCGACUUUUGCAAAGUGUUGGAAAGAAUCAGUCUGACUUCAAAACGCCUAGAAAUCCAAAAGAUUUUGACUGAUUACCUCAAGGACAUUCACAGUAAUGCUUCAGAAGCAUUGGUUGCUGUUUUGUAUCUUUCCACAGCCACUGUGUAUCCAGAGCAUUUCAAUAUUGAACUGGGAGUGGGAGAAGGCAUGUUGAUGGGAAUUGUUGCUGAAUACACUGGUAAGUCGAUUGCUGGCAUUAAGAACGAGUAUUCGAAGGAAGGAGAUCUGGGAGUUGUUGCAAUGAAGUACAGAGUGUCACAGUUAUUUAUCUCGCAGGUACAGCUAGAUGUACAAAUAGUGUUUGAUGGAUUAAGAAGAGUUGCUAAAGAACAAGGCACAAAGUGUGUCUCAGUGAAAAAGAUGAUAAUUCUUGGGAUAAUGUCGAAGUGUUCACCUCUUGAAGCAAAGUAUCUCGUUAGGCUUAUAGAAGGAAAGCUCAAGAUUGGGCUGGCAUUGAAAACUGUGUUGAUAAGCCUUGCAGGUGUGUUUUUAGAAGACAUGGCAUACGAAGUCAAGUCUGCAUUUAACCGACAGCCUGACAUCGGAAGACUAGCGGAGUGUAUUAUUGAGCAUGGAAUUACAGGCCUUAGAGAAAAUUUUCAGGUAACACCGGGAAUUCCACUGAAGCCGAUGCUGGCGAAUUCAUCGAAUGGAAUAACAGCAGCAUUCAAAAAGGUUGAGGGGUUUGAAUUUAUCUGUGAAUACAAGUAUGACGGAGAACGGAUUCAAAUACAUAAGCAUAGAAGCAAAGUGGAAACAUUUAGUAGGAAUUCGGAAAACAGCACUGAAAAGUACCCGGAUCUGAUGGAAGUGUACGAUGUGUGUUCAAAGGACUUUAUUGUUGAUGGCGAGGUGGUUGCGUAUGACAUAAAUGAGAAGAAGAUCCUGCCAUUCCAGACAUUGACAACAAGAAAGAGGAAGAGAGUUGAUGAGAAGAAGAUUGAUGUGCAUGUAUGUGUUUUUGUGUUUGAUUUGAUAUACUUCGAUGGAAAGUCUUAUGUUGACGAGCCGCUUGAGAAGCGAAGAAGCAUCCUCCACAAUGAAUUCAAGCAAAUUGAAGGCAAGUUUUGCUUUGCAGAGUCUAUGGAUUGUAAAAAAGCUGAGGAUGUGGAGCAGUUUUUUGAAAAGUCUGUUGAAGGAAGUUUUGAAGGUAUAAUGAUGAAGACUCUGGGUACAGAUGCCGUGUACCAUCCGUCGCAGAGAAGUAAUAAGUGGAUCAAGAUCAAGAAGGAUUAUCUAGAAAACAUAUCUGACUCAUUGGAUUUAGUUGUUAUGGGAGCAUACUAUGGAAAAGGGAAGCGAACAGGAUGGUAUGGUGGGUUUUUGCUUGGUGUAUACAACGACGAGGAAGAUAAGAUUGAGAGCCUGUGUAAGAUAGGAACUGGGUUCGGAGAUGCGUCUUUGGAAAGUAUAUAUGAGCAAUUGAAUAAUAGUUUAUGUACAGCACCGAAGAACUAUGUAUAUAAGGACAGUGUCAAGCCUGAUGUAUGGGUAGAAGCCAAAUAUGUAUGGGAAGUUAAGGCAGCAGGCAUCUCAGUCUCACCAAUAUACUGUGCUGGCGCAAUGGAUGGAAAGGGAAUGUCUCUGCGAUUUCCAAGGUUUGUGAGGGAGCGAAGAGAUAAGGAAGUUAAGGAUGCGAGUACGUCUGCACACAUAAGGCAGAUGUAUCUGGAUGCAAAUGUUGAGGACUCUGAGGAGAUGUUCUGA